AUGAUCGAUGAGCUAAUAGGGACGCUGAAAGGUCUCCUGGACCCCGGUCUCCGAAUAGCUUCAGACAAAAACAUUGAUGAUUUGAAAUAUGCAGACGAUACCGAAGAGGAGAAGCUGGGAUCGACUGGAAUUGGCAUAAAAACUCCAGAGGGCAUCGUUUUAGCCGUUGAGAAACGAGUCAACUCCCCACUAAUCGUCCCCUCGAGUAUUGAGAAGAUAUUCAAAGUGGACGAUCAUAUUGGCCCAGCACUUAGGACUGAUGACUCCGUUCGUCAUGCAUCGGUUUUGCGUGCAGCGUCUGCUCGUCACAUGGUGCCGACAUCCUCAGGAAUCUCCAGAUCAGUCCUCAAGCCUCGACACCCACUCUAUCUGGCCGCGUUCAAUGUUCGCACUCUGAAGCAAGCAGGACAACAAGUUGUUCUUGCACUCACACUGGAUUCGCUUUGUAUCUAUAUGUGUUGUGUCUCAGAAACGAGAAUUCAAGAUGCAAGCAAAGUGACUGAGCUAACUGCUCCGUCAGUCUCCACUCGCUUCCGGCUGUGCAGCUCUGGUGAUCCAGAGGCUGCUGCGACGGGAUGUGCACGGGUUGGUGUCGUGCUAACUUGA